GUACAACAUGAGCGGGAGUAUAGGGACAGGGGACCAUGUUCAGGGAAACCGUGUAAUCCAUAAGCUGUUAAUUGUUGAUCCUUUUCUGCUCCCAGUGCACCCCUUGGAAGGAGAAGUCCUGUUGUACGCCAGCAAUCAGCCAAGAGGCGCACAGUGACCAGUCCUACCUCUACAAUUUUGACUGGAACCACUGUGGAGCAAUGUCCCCGGAAUGCAAGAAACACUUCAUCCAAGACACCUGUUUCUACGAAUGCUCCCCUAAUUUGGGGCCUUGGAUCCAGGCGGUGAGCCCCUGUCAUGUUUCAUGUGUGUGCAGUAAUCGGAGUGCGGGUUUUAUACUGUAUUCCCACCAUAUGUCCAUGCCUUCCUGUCUUUCGUUCUAUGGUAUCGCUGUGGCCACGUGCCUACGCUGUAUUAAUGUUUUCAUUUCUACCCUGACUUUACUGACCCUUGGGCCACGCAAAAUAGGAGUUGUUUAGUGGGUUGAAAAGGAUUAAGAUCCUACAGUCCCCUAGGUAAGUUAUUGGAUUGGUGACCCCCAUUUUUUUUCUUCACAUGAAGAUAGUGGAUAGAACCAAGCAAAUUCAUAGUUCUGGGCCAAUGUCAAACCACUGGGACCUAGGGUCAUGUUAUCGUUAAUCCUAUAUAGAUUUAUAAAAAUAAGGGCGCGCAAUCACUUAGUAAAAAACAGUAUAGUAAACAAUAUGUAAAUAAUAAUAAAAAAGCAGCUAAAAAUACACUGGAAACAUUCGAUUUCCACAUACAAUCUAUUAAUAAUUGUGUUAGCGCUAUAUCAGAGAAGCCCACAGUUAUAUGCUGGGCACCCUAAAAGUAGUAAGUGGGGAAGAAAAAAAUAACAACCACUUAUUGCAUUAAAAUGUCAGUUCUAUACAAAACCUAAACAUUUCCCACAAUUAUUUGGUCAAUAUGUGUUCUUCCUAAAACAAAUAUAUAAUAUUGUCCCAGAGUCCUUUUGGUAUUGCAGGGGUUAAUCUCGCCACAUCGGUAAAAUCCACUGCUUUGGGAUACAAUGUAUGCCGCAACAGAUGGGACCUUAAAAAGAUCCUCAUAGUGCAACACUGUUUUUAAUUAUUAAAAAAGUAAAAAAACCUCUCCACCCAAAGCGAACCCUUACAUGGACUAAUGGUGGUACUUGUUGCCAAGACACCACAAACAAACAUGGGUUUUAUACGAAUGGAAUAGAUGUUACUGCCCGUCCUUAUCUUCUCGGUCAGACUUAAAUCUCCCUACUGUGCAGCUGACAGUUGCUUUUGGAGAGACGCCAAGUAUGCGGACCGGUGUCGGCAAUCCCUUCGUAUUCACCCUUUUCAAACAGAAGCCGCUAGCACUUCAACGCGUUUCGCCCUAAUAACCUGGGCUUUUUCAAGAUAGUGCGCGGCUUCAUAAGUUAGUCUUGUAUAGGUUCGCAUCAGACCACUUUUAAAGUGCCAGGUUGUAAUAAAAUAUUUUUCUUUCCAGGAAAAGUGCUCCUGUUUCUCUUGUAUACCGUAAAGUUAGUAAAUAUUUUCACAUAAAAAAAAAAAAAACACAUAUGCAAAUACCUUGUAGAUGUGAACAUAUAAGGACAUCAUUAUUUAUAUAAGAAACUUAUUCAUUGAAAAUUUCAUAUCAAUGUAAAUGUAGACUUGGCAAAAAACCAUUAAUAAUAUACUUUAAAGACUCCGUACAUACUCAAAUAUUGUGUGGAUAUAUAGAUGUUCGAUAUAAUUCAUGUGUUGUAUCACUCCACAAGUUAAUAUCUACACGUCAUUAUGUCUAAAAGUUGUAUGUUAAUAUUUAAAUAAAAUUGGAUAUAUUCUUAGAAGGAUUAUCAUAUGUUUAACAUAUAUAUUUUUUUUUUAACACUUUUUUUAACCAAUUCACCACCUCUCCAUGGGAUAGUAACCCUUUCAAUCCCACAAUAGCUCAAACAUCCUGGAUUAUUUGCAUGAUGGUCUGCAAAAUGUUUAGAUACAGAGUGUUUUUCAAACCUUCUUUCAUGUUGUGUAAUGUUCAUUCAACCUUACUCUUAACAUUCUUUUAGUUUGCCCCACAUACUGUAGCUCACAGGGGCAAUUUAGUAGGUACAUCAUUUGUUUUGAGUGACAUGUAAUGCAUUCCUUUUAUGUCAAAUUACUCCUUAGUUACGACAGAAUAAAAACUUGAGAUUUUUCCAUAGGGAGGACCUGUUACUUUACAUACAUUACAGCUACCAAUGUGUCCAAUUAAUGGAUUAGCUCAAAAAGAAAUUAGAAACAAUCUUUACAGAAACCAUAGAAACAAAAAAGAAGAAAUUUGAGAGAUCAAAAAGACCUUUCAGGAAAUAAAAUUAGGAAUAGUCGUAAAAAAAGUCCACUAAUCAUUCAUUUAAUACACAUACUCCGCGAAGAAACAACAAGACUAAUCAGGGAAACAGGUGGAUUGGAACUCGUGGUAGAUCUAAUACGGAUUACCACCAGGAGGACAACCCCCAAACAGGGAGACACAAUUCACCUAAGACCCCUAAAGAUAAAGGUUAGACUUUAGUCACUAACAAGAAAAGGAGAAACACAACAGUUAUGAAAUCAGGGGUUUCAACAUCACAAUCUAUCACCCAUGUAACAAAGAACUUCACUUCUAAUAAGUUCGCAGUUCGGAACUCUAAAGAGGAAGGGAGACUGAAUCAAACAAUUUUUUAGGACCAAGACAAAUGUUCCUAAAUCGCCAAUCCAAGACAAAAAGAGACCUCUAAAAAGGGGAUACAGAGGAGGGAGAAAAAUGCAGAAAAGAGAAUAAAGUGGUAAAACUGGUAGGAAUUUUUAAUUUGGCCAAUAUUCCUUUAACAUUAGAUCAAAUAAAGGUCUGAAAUAUGCACCAGCUAUUAAGUCUGACACUUUCAAAAACUUUUUAGAUGUUCAAAAAUUUAUAAAUCCAACAAAACUUUGACUUUUAAAUCCAACCAAAAAUGCAGUUACAGAACGGAAUUCAUUUAAUUGUCCAAUUAUUUUUAAUUCUAGUAGUCAAUCAAAACUUGUAAAGAAAAGUAUAAACCAACAUUGGCAUCUCUCGAAACAGGAUCCCCAUUUACCGGCACUUUUACCAGAUAAACCAAGAAUAGUUUUUAGAGGUGCCCCCACAAUUAAAACUAAAUUAGUUAAGAGUUUUUGACCACCAAACCAGAGACACUUUUUUUUUUUCACAAAAAGGCUUUUUUAAAGUGUGGUAGCUGCACUGUACGUGUGUUAAAUGAAUGAUUAGUGGACUCUUGAUUUCUACGAUCUUUUUAUGACAAUUUCUAAUUUUAGCAGAUGCUGGUGUACAGACGAACUAUAUUACAAGGGCAAUUUUGAGCAGCUUUUCCACAUUUGGACAGUGUAGUAUCAUUAAGACACAGUGCUGCAGGCUCCUGCUGUAGUAACCAAGGCCCUCAGGGACCCAACUCAUGUUGAUGCUUGUUUCCCACCCAGGUGGACAGUUCCUGGAGAAAGGAACGGAUACUGGAUGUACCCCUGUGCCAAGAGGACUGCGAGGACUGGUAUAAUGACUGCAAGAGGGACUAUACGUGUAAAGAUAACUGGCACGUGGGAUGGAAUUGGACAGGAGGUAAGUGCUUGACCCUGUGCUCCCUUUUCAACCUCUAGGGGUCGUAUCUGGGUGCUCCAGCAUUUAUAGGAACAUUGUUGUUGAAGAGUCCAAUACAGGCGUUACCAUAGUGAGUGAGGGUCUUGAUUUAUACAAUAGCGCCCAUUGUUGUCUCCAUGGACUUGACCAUGCUGGCGAUUUAUGUGUGGGGCCAUUGUAUUUAAUUUAAAAUCGAUAUGGAAGGAGUAAUACUACCUGAGAAGUCAGUGUUUUAUUGUCCAGUUUAGUAAUUGCGCCAUAUACAUUAAAGUCGGCUCUCUAAUUUAGCGUUUUAGACUGCUGCCUAAGGCCUUGCGGCCGCCUAAACCACCUUAGGACAGACUGUGUUGGGUCCUAGGUCAGUGACAGAAGACCCGACACCAGGAGGGUGCCCGGCGGCUUGUUCAGUAUGCCGCCAUGUGCAAGGCCCCUCCAGGCUGCCCCUGUGUGCAGAGCUACAAACCAUGUGUCUUGCGAGAUCUGGCCAAUCAGAGUGUUGCCGCGUGUUACCACAGCAACGCUUUGACUGGGUCUUGUGAGAUGCAUGGGCUGCAGCUCUGCACAACACAGCGAAGCUGCAGACUGGAUAUCCCCACCGGACCACCAGGGAGUCCACUGGAUUACCAGGGAGCCCACACUGGACGAUCAGGGAAUGACAGAAGUUAUGUAUUCCCUCCUCCCUCUCACCAUCAACUACCCCCCCUUCCUCUCAUCAACUCCCCUCGCCAUCAACUCCCCUUCCCUCUCUCGCCAUCAACUCCCCCUUUCCCUCUCGCCAUCAACCCCUUUCCUCUCAACAACUCCCCUUUUCCUCUGCCAUCAAUCCCCUUUCCCUCUCGCCAUCAACUCUCUUUUCUCUCGCCAGUAUCAACUCCCCCUUUCCUCUCGCCAUCAACCCCUUCUCUCGCUAUAUCAAUCCCCUUCUUCUCUCGCAUGACAACUCUCCCCUUUCUCAUCAACUUUCCCUUUCCUCUCAACUUUCCCUUCUUUCCUCUCCUCUCACCAUCAACUCUCCCCCUUCCUCUCUCGCCAUCAAUCCUCCCCUUCCUCUCUCGCCACAUCAACUCUCCCCUUUUCCCUCUCACAUCAACUCUCCCCCUUUCCCUCUCCUUUCCUCUCGCCAUCAACUUCCCCCUUUCCUCUCUCGCCAUCAACUCUCCCCCCUUUCCCUCUCGCCAUCAACUCCCCCCUUUCCUCUCACAUCAUCAAUCCCCCCUUUCCUCGCCAUCAACUCUCCCCUUUCCCUCUCGCCAUCAACCCCUUUCCUCUCUCUCGCUAUAUCAACUCCCCUCUUCCUCCUCUCGCCAUCAACUCUCUUCCCUCUCGCCAUCACCCCCACGUAUUUGCCUUGCUUCAUAAUAUCAAUAUCCUUUUAUAAAACCAGGAAAAGGUGGGCAUUUAUAGUGAGCUGAUUCGGUGGUGCAAUGGGCCACUUGACUGGAUUUGCCCCCCAGGCCUAAGGCUGCCAGCCCUCCCCUGCAUCACAUGAUGUAAAUCACAAGGUGUGACGUAAGAGAAAAUGCUGUAAAAUCACCAAAAAACUACUUAGUUUGAUUCUGCUGUAUAGAUGGAUUGCCCCCAUGUCGCCCAGUGUCUGUCCCCUGGUCUCCCAGUGCCACCAGGUUUGUGUCCUUAUGUAUCAGUGUCUCAUGCCUCAUGUCUCCCAGUGUGUCUUAUCUCCUCACGUCUCCCAGGGGCUGCUUGUCUCUCUAGGACACCGGGGGACACUGGGACACAGACACUUGGGACAUCGGGACACUAGAUUAAAAUGUACAAACCAAAAUAAAAACUUGUUGGUAAUGUUGAUCUGGUGAAGCUUUUUUUACUAAUUCACCACUGUGGGAUAAAACUUGAAACUGUGUAAUUAGAUGGAAUUUACUGUUUUUUCAUGCCAACUAGAUAAGCUUUAAUAACAAAAGAUAUUGUCUAAUAUAUGGGUAAAUUUAUUUUCCAACAGGGAUUAAUAAGUGUCCGGAGGGCUCGCAAUGCAGAACAAUUGGUGACGUGUAUGGAAGCGCAAGCAAUUUUUGUGAGACAGUCUGGAGCAAUUCCUACAAGUACACCACCCACAAACGUGGCAGUGGGCAAUGUCUCCAGGUCUGGUUCAAUGUCACGGAUGGGAAUCCAAAUGUGAAGGUAGCAGAGUAUUAUGCAAAGCUCCGGGGUGGUGCCAACGUGCCACAAGUUGGCUUGCUCCUUCUGGUUUCUCUCACUGCCAUGGGGAUCUUAAACUUUGAUUGACUUUACUAUUUUACCUGCAAAAAACUUUAAUCUACUUCUCGAUCCAACCAGACAGAGCCUACUGAAAAUUCCCCAGAAUUCCAGAUACCUUGCCAGAGGUUGCACCCAAUACGGUCUUUAAAACGGAUCUAUAAACCAAACGUCAUACCAUAUCAGAGGCUCUAUGUAAUACUGUCUCCAAUAUGGACCUUGAAACCAAACCUCAUACCAUAUCAGACACUGUACCCAAUACUGUCUCCAAUCUGGUUCCAGAAACCAAGUCUUGUACCAUAUCACAGAUUCUAUGCAAUACUGUCUCCAAUAUGGACCUAGAAACCAAAUCUUGUACCAUGUCAGAGGUCUACCGAAUACUGUAUUCCAUAUGGACGUUGAAUCCACAUCUGUAGUUAUCUUUUUAUCACGUCAGACGUAUCCAACGUAAGCUUAGAAACCAAUUUUCCAAUGAUUCAGCUUAAUUCUUCUCCUCCUAUUUAUUCUUUAUGAACAUGAUAUAGUGUGCAAUGUAUCCAAGUAUGGGUGUGAGAUCAAUGGUUUGAAUCUAUUUCUCCUUGUAAUGUACAGGCCGAGGGUACCCCUUCCUCAGUCCUGACCUCCCUUACAGCUCUGACGUGUGUGUUUUAAUCUGCUAAGGUGUGUAUUGAUGAUUUAUUGGGUUCUGAUCUCCUGCACCCUGUCUAGUUCCUGCAGAGAUGAAUGAGGUGUGUGUGUGUGUUUGCUACUAUUGCUCACUCUGCUAUGAUGGGGCCAGGGUUGUACUGUUUGUGGCCAGCAGAGGGAGCUGGAGCACCACAGUCUGGAUGACCGGUUUUUCUCUGGGUUAUAAAACCAAAUAAAGAUUUAGUGUGAAGAAA